UUUGGCUCAGGGUGCCCAGUCAAGCGAUAGUAACCGGUGUUCACUGCGAUUGCAAUCAAGCUGCUCAGCAUCAGUUCUGAGCCACUGCCCAUCCUCCACCAUGGCGACGGUCUUGCAGAUGAUCGAUUUCCAGGAAAGCCUGGGCAACGCCCUGGAUCGGGUGCGUCUGGUGCUCGACGCGGCGAAGCGCCCCUGCUUCGCUGCCGAUGUGCACCACCAGUACUCUGACAAGUACCUUCUCGCCGAGUUCAUGACGCGCGCUGCCACGGCCUCACAGGUGAACUGCCUCGCCACGCUCGGCCUCGAUGCCGAGAAGCUCUCACACUUGCGAGCCUGGGCGGCGUCACAGGCCGUUUCCCUGGAGUUCACCGCCGAAGAGCGCUGCAGCUUUGCCCACGAAGAGCGCCGAGAGGUAGAGAGCCCGACGAAGAUUGUGGAUGAGGUGUCCGUCAUGGGCUCGGUCCGCAGCGCGCUGACCAGCAAGGUAGUCACCACAGUCACGGAGUACUUCUGGACCGUGUCGGUCUCCUACAGCUUGGUCGCCGUGCGAGGCGCAGGCGCUGCGGCCGACGACCGGCUGCAGCUCUUCGCCCGCGCGGGCAGCGAGGAGUUGAAGACUACAUCGAAGUCGAUUCCUCGCCCUGAACUGCAUACGCAUCCCCAGCUUAGCGUGAACGUCAGCUGGCUCAUGUUGCACCUCUCUGCCUCCGCCACGCCCUGCUUCAGCAUUGACCGCGCGCACGUUAAGUGCCACACGCCCCGCCGCAACACCGACGUCGCGGACGCCCUGGAUCACUUUUCGCGAGUGGCGGCGUGGGCGCGCAAGGUGGCGGCUUACCUGCAGCGCCUUUUUGAGAUCCCGCUUGACAAGGCUUCCUGGGACAUCGGCGCCAUCGGCCGCGACCAGCCGCUGAUACCCGUGCUCCCACUUCUGGAGGAGCGGCACGGGGCCGAGGACGGCGCCGCGGCGGCCGACGCCUCGGCCGGCCCAGCCCCGGCAGCGAGCGCGGGCAUCGUCGCCACCGUGGGGCCCGCUGCGGAGGGCCUCUCGGACAGCGCGCUCCUGGGCCUCUCCGACAUGAACCUCUUGCUCGAGGAGGAGGCGCGGGCCCUGCGGCAGAGGUCCGCGGCGCUGGCGGAGGCAUUCCCCAGCGCCGACGGCGGGCGCUUCGCCACGGCCGCCGAGGCGCGGCUUGCGGCCACGCUGACGCACUGCGCCUCGGUCUGCAGUCAGCUGGCAGCGGCCAUGGACUACAUCGAGUCCAUGCUUCGCAGCCAGCUCGUCGCUGCCAUCGGCAAGGAGGUGACACCGGCGGCCUUCGCGGAUUACAUGAGGUUCCACAAUCGUCGGCUCUUCGCUGCACCCUACGCCCCGUCACCCUUCUGCUUCGCGGUGCGCCGCUCCGAGGGCCACUCGCCCGAGGGUACCGUGAGCAUCGAGCAGGAGCCUCGCGACCCAGGCGCCGAAUCUGGCAUCGCCGAGCCCAUCGUGACUAUGGUGGCGCGGAGCGAGCGGUCCCACCCGAUGCAGUUCCCCAUUAGCGCCUCCGCCAACGUGACCUUCAAGGGGGACCGCUACCUGCAUGCUUGGCUCAGCCACCAGUUCACAGGGCACGCCAGCGCCGAGCUCGCGUUGGUCUCCAAGGCACGCCAAUUCAGUUCGAUGAUCGUCAUGGUGGGCCGAAUUGUCUCGGCAACCGUCUUCGAGCCGAAAUGCGCGGCAAUUGUGCAGAACAAGGACGAACUCAGCAUACCCCUGGAGCUGUCCACGAUCCCGACGCCCAAGGAGUUCAGAGACGCCAUCGAGUCGUUGUCGCCAGAGCAGCAGCACUUCGCCAAGGCCUUCCGCGCCAUGCAGCUGGAAAGCACGCUCUUCGGCGUCCUCGUGAUCCAGAUCAAGCCGCAGCUUGAGAAGGUGCUGAACCUGCCAGGGGACAGCCUCGCGAAGGAGAUCAAGCUGACGCAGGACCUGAUGCAGCUGUUCAUCAAGUACCAGAUCCCCAGCGACCUGCUCUCCUUCGACGCGGCGACCUUCGCGCGGGCCCAGGCUGCCGAGGCCUGCGGCGAGCUUCUAGGCAGCGCCACGACCUCGGAGCGCCUGGCGGCAGUCCGGGAGAACGUCAGGGCCAUGAUGGCCGUCAUCGAGGACGAAAAGAAAGAGGAGCUCCACGAGAAAACCCUGGAAGCGCGCUUCGAGGCGCCAAUGGGGGGCUACGGCAAGAAAGGCGGCGGUGGCAAGGGAGCAAGUCGCGAUCUCUUAGGGAUGACGUUUGGCGGGAUGCCGCCGCCGCCGCCGCCCGGCGGCGCCCGGAUGAUGAUGCAGACCGCCAGGAGGUCCGUGGCCAGGUGCGUUGAAGAGAGCGCAGUUGCCAUGGAGUGCGCGAUCCAGUAUAGCGCUCCCAUGCCGAUGGCGGCCGCGGCGGCGGCUCCAGCGCCCGCCGCGGCGCCGGCGGCUCCAGGAGCGGGGUCGGCGCGUGUACCCGUACCCCUGGCGCAACCGUUGCAGAUGCAGGCGCCUGCGAGCGGCGGUGCUGCGGACCAGGUCAGCGAGGAUGCCGCCAGGGAUUACACCCGCGUGCCCCGAGAGAUGGACCAGCGGUUCGAGGCCUUGGACACGGACAGCGCCCUUCGGCCCACCAUCAUCUCGCCCCGGCGACGUAUGGCGCAAGAGGUCGCAGAGGGCCUUGCUGGCCCAGCCCAGCGACGCCGUCCUUGACGGCGAGGAGCAGAAGCGGGAGCGCGACGCAGCCUUCGACCUCCUCGACGCCCUGACGAAGUCUGGCGCCCUGCCCUUGGAGGCCGCGGCCCUUCACAUUGUGGUGGCUGCCACGCACUGCUUCGACAAGAGCGUCACGGACACCGUCGUCCAGGACAACGUGUCGCCCAUUGAGAAGGUGGAGCGUUCUUCCUUGAUCAUGGCGGCCACGGUACACCAGAUGCCCGUGGCGGCCUUACUGGAGGGCUCGCAGCUCUCGCGGGUGCGCAGUAGUUGCCCUGCGCUCUUCGUGGAAGACGGCGAGGCGAGUGCAGUAGUCUGAGAGGGACGAACAGCAGCAAUGUAGUGUGUCUGUUCGCACACCAGCCAACACGUCAAGUCCAGCACCUUGUUUAAAGCAGUCUUAGUACACGUCGUUGUGGUCACUCGUGCUGCCCAGGAGCGACACAUUGCCCUUGAUCGUUAUUUGCAGCCUUCUAGUGCUUCAAAGGGGGAUUCUGGGUAAGUAAAAGGAAAUUGACAAAGAAGGGACAGUGUGAUUCCUGGCUACAGUAUCAGCAUGAGAGGUCGCGCCCAGGCGGUUCGGCAAACCGCUGGCGGGUGUUGUUGCGUCGUUUGCGUCCGACGAGUUUUUUUGUUCCACAGAUUUCCCUUGCGGCUUGCAAGACUGAUGCUGGUGCACGGCUUUGACGCACUCGUGUCUCAGCUCGAUGGGUUCUGCCCGCGGCAGCGGCGUCCGACUGCCAGUUGCCGCGCUACACGACCCACGGCGAACACCGCACAGCGACCAUGGUGCAUCAGCAGUGGGAUAAGCAGAAGCAUGAUAUCCUCCUCCUGUGUUCCUGUGCCCGCUCUUCGUCUUCCUGCGGCCCGCAGGUUCCAUGGAGGCGCGCAGGUUUGCCGACCCCGUGUUUCAACUGCCGAUUAGUUCUGCCCGCAGCAUCGGCGGCCGACUGCCAGCUGCUGCGCUACCCACGGCCCGCACCACGCGGCGACGACAGAACUCCUGCAAUGAGAGGAGCCCAGACAAGCAAACAACAAUUGCUGGA